GAUUCGCCGGAAGUGGAAGUCGUGCCAUCUUCGCCAUCGAAACGAGUGAAACGAAAGUAUGAAUCUAGCUACAUUAUCAUUCUUGUCGCCACUGCUAUUGUGAAUGCACAAAUGAAUGGUAUUGUGCCCAGCGUGACGAGCUAUGCAGCGCUACCGUAUUCUCACGCAACGUAUCACUAUGGUAUCACAUUGGCAAAUAUUGUUUCACCUGCGAUGUCGUUUUUGCCUUUCUUCUUCACUGUUAGGUUCGUCAUAGAAAGUUCUUAG